AUGGUCAGCAACAACACCCUCAACCACACUUCCCUGUGGGUCAUCAAUGACAUCCUCAUCCACCUGAACCUCUUCCUCACUUCCCCGAGGGUCAGCAACAGCACCCUGAGCCUCUUCCACAUCCACAAUUACCUGAUCCACAACUGCAUCAGAUUCAUCCCCAACAACCCAAGCCGCCUCACCAGUGCACUUUUCUGCCUGGCUUACUCCAACCCCAUCCUCUUUGACUUUCCACUGUUUUUUGGUUCUUGCUGA